AUGGCCUGGCUCAGGAUAGCCCGUAUCAUCGUCCUCGGUGCGUGGCUCUUGCUAGCACCUGCGAAGUUGAGUUCUGACACGGGCGUGAUCUCUCCAGUUAUCGCGACACUCUUUGGACUCGCAGCGCUCGGCCUCGGCGCCGCGCUGGCAGACGUGAACAAGCGGCUGUUUGCCAGUGAGAUGUCCUUGUCCUAUGCGGGCCUCGCGAUCGCUUCCGGCGUCCUGACCCUCGUGGUCGCUGUGCCCAUACUGGUGUGGGCAUCCUGGGUCGCAGUCACGGUGGAAAUCCCGUUGCUCUUCGCCCUGGCACUGCUGUGGGUUACAACGGGCGGACUGACGGUCAGCGCGCUGCAACAACGUCCCGACCCGGAGUCGGACAUGCUUCCUGUUGCUUUCCUGUGCUCAGCGGCCGUUGCCCGCGACGACAAAAUCGACGCCAGUGUCAAGAGAGUCAUUGGCGCACUCUGCGGCGAGACGCGUGACAUUGCUGCAUUCGGCGUCCUCAAUUUCGUGCUUGAUGGGCUAUUCGAUGUUGCUGCUCUUGAUCGCGGCGCGGGCAGCGGCGGCGCAAGCAACAGGGGGGUGUGGACCAUGUCUGUUGUCGGACUCGCGGAGCUGCCGCUCCCGGCCGGACCCGGCGCACAGGAGAUGGCAGAGAGCGCAAGCGGCAGACGUAGUCAUCGCGUAUAAAGGCCCGGUGAUGACGAAAACCGGCAGCUUGCAAGCGAGCACUGGCAACCUGUACAGACAAUGCGUAUUGCGU